AUGUUGCUGUUACGAUGCUGGGCACUUUAUGAUAAAAAGCGGGUUAUCUGGGUGCUGUGUGGUGGCUUAAUCGGAGCUGUUGUCUCAGGCGUUGUUAUCGUCAAGUUCUUACUGGAUAGGACCAUGUUUCUGGAUAAUCCAUUUCCUACUGUGUUUUCUGGAUGCGUCGUAAUGGUACCGGAUUACGUGUGGAUACUAUACAUAGUACCAUUGAUAUAUGAAUCGUCUCUGUUCUUCUUGACCAUUUGGAGAAUUUAUGGUCUAAGCAAGGACUUUGGGGCGACACCUCUGAUGCAGACGCUGGCAAGAAACGGGAUGACAUACUUCGCGACCCUAGUUGGAAUAAUGAUUCUUGCAUGUAUUGGUGGCACAAUUCCUCCAGUAAAAAUUGCUGCUAACGGUUCCGGAGUACUUAGUGCGAUGUCCAGUGUAGUAUGUAGUCGCAUGAUAUUCUCCCUCUAUCGUAUCAGCGACAAAGAGCUCCGAGAACGACAGGUGUCUUCGCGCUCCCGUGAUGACCCCGACGAGGGCAUAAUACCUCAUUUUGCGAUCCCAUUACAAUCUUUAGCUAGUACCACUGUGUCUUGUAACAUUAGUAGGCUCGAGCAAGUAUGA